AUGUUUCCGUUCAUAAUCGAUAUCUUCGGAUUUCUACUCAGCCGGACUCUCUUCAUAACUAUCGCAUCAUCAAUCUCUCUUCGUUUUAAUUUCGAUUCAAAAUGGCGGUGUCUAUCUCAGUCUAUCCACCUCGCAUUCUCUCUUUAUCUCUUUCUUUCUUUCUUUCUUUCUUUCUUUCUUUCUCCCUUUCUUUCUUUCUCUCCUUUUCUCACUCUAUCUCAGCCACUUCAUAUCUAUCUAUCUAUCUAUCCAUCUAUCUAUCUAUCUAUCUAUCUAUCUAUCUAUCUAUCUAUCUCAUCUAUCUAUCUCAGCCUCUUCAUUCAUUUCUUUCAUUCUUUCUUUUCUAUCUAUCUAUCUAUCUAUCUAUCUAAGCCUCUUCAUUUCAUAUCUAUCUAUCCAUCCAUCUAUCUAUCUCAUUCAUUUCAUCCUAUCUAUCUAUCCAUCUAUCUAUCUAUCUAUCUAUCUCAGCCUCUUCAUUUCUAUCUAUCUAUCUAUCUAUCUAUCUAUCUAUCUAUCUAUCUGCUUUUUUCUCUUUUUAUCGAUCUAUCUUUGCAGAUCCACUGA